AUGAAAGCUUUCAGUCCCAUGAGGUCCGUUAGGAAAAACAACCUUUCAGACCACAGCCUGGGCAUCUCCCGGAGCAAAACCCCAGUGGAUGACCCAAUGAGCCUGCUCUACAACAGGAACGACUGCUAUUCCAAGCUCAGGAUGCUGGUGCCCAGCAUCCCCCAGAACAAGAGGGUGAGCAAGACGGAAAUCCUGCAGCAUGUCAUCGAUUACGUCUUGGACCUGCAGAUCGCCCUGGACUCGCACCCUACCAUUGUCAGCCUGCACCACCCGCGCCCCGGCCAGAGCCAGGCAUCCAGGACGCCGCUGACCACCCUGAACACGGACAUCAGCAUCCUGUCCUUGCAGGCUUCUGAAUUCCCUUCUGAGUUCAUGUCAAAUGACAGCAAAGCACUCUGUGGCUGAGUAAAUGGUGUUCAUGACUUUCCCCCCUUUGCACAACAACAAAUCCACAGGAACUUAUUUUUCAACCAUUUCACAAGGAGAACAACAAGUUGAAUGGACCUUUUUAAAAAAUGGAAGCAGAACUAAGAAGGAUCAGAUCCUCCUCCCCAGGGAGUUUCUGACCUGGCUGGACUAUGAUAGUUAUUUAUGAAAAAGACUUUUAA